CCCGCUGGUGAACCGUUAGAUGCUGAUCAGAUGGCUCGAGAAUAUAGCAUGCAAUUUGCUGAUACGCCGUUGACAAUUGGGCAACGAAUUCUUUUUCGGUUCAACAAGAAACUACUACUAGUUGAAGUGAAAAAGUUGGCAAAUAUGUCACUGGAUGGAGGAACGCGUUCGGAUGUGAAGCUUGGUAUUCUUACUGGUAACACAGUAAUCGAAUGGGAACGCCAACCAGAAUCCCGACUCCUACUGAUUGGCAAAGCUGCUGCCUCGUCAGGAGAUGGUGGCGGAGGCUAUCAGAGCAUUAUCAAUCCGAAUUGGGAUUUCAGUCAGAUGGGAAUAGGCGGUCUGGAUAAGGAAUUUUCAGCUAUUUUCCGUCGCACGUUCGCAUCGCGCAUGUUCCCUCCGGCUAUCGGUAAACAACUAGGAUUAAAACACGUUCGUGGUAUCUUGUUGUACGGUCCACCCGGUACGGGAAAAACUUUGAUGGCUCGUCAGAUCGGAAAAAUGUUGAAUGCGCGCGAACCGAAAAUUGUCAACGGUCCCAGCAUUUUGGACAAAUAUGUGGGCGAAUCGGAAGCCAACAUUAGAAAACUAUUUGCUGAGGCGGAGGAAGAAGAGAAACGUUUGGGACCGAAUUCUGCGUUGCACAUCAUUGUAUUUGAUGAAAUCGAUGCGAUCUGCAAAACUCGUGGUUCCACGGUAAGUAUCUAUCCUGUGGUUCUGUCCACUUCUGAGCUGACGCAGUGA